AACACUCUCUCCUUCACUACCCUACCCUACCCUAGCCUAGCCCUACCCCUCCCUCCUUUUACCUGUUGCGGGUACUCUGGACUGCAUGGACAUCCUUGAAUAGAGGCUGUUGGUUGGUUUGAUGGUGCCCUGGCCCCCAUCUCAUUAUGUGCUCCCUACCAUCUAUUCUUCAUGCAAGACAGAACUCUUACUGAAGAUAAUUCUCGAUCAACGAGAUCGAGAAACAACUCCUCUCCCCUGGAUGGAAAUGUUAUUGACUUUACGAAACCUAUCACCAUCACAACGCCCGGAUGCUAUGUGCUUAGCAAUCCUGACUCUGGUUGUAGAAUCAGUCUCUUUCAGGAUGUGUUUGCAAGCCAACUGUGUGACCAAUUUUCCUCUGAAAUCGAAAAUACUGGCACCCUUAAACAGUACAACUCAAUCCAUAGGCAGUCUCAGGCGCCACUUCCAAGACUCUCGUCAUGGUUUGGACCCGUAGACUAUGCGUUCUCAGGAAUCGUAAUGAAAGCUAAUUCUGUCUCCCAAUGUCCUCGCCUUAUUGCAGCAUAUCAGAACAUGGCCGAAAACCUCUUCACACCCAACAACAUUGAUUGCUCCUCUGACUGCUUUUUGAUCAACCAGUAUAGGACUGGACGUGAUUCCUGUGGUGAGCACAGUGACAAUGAGCCAGAGGUCGACCUCUCAAAACCUGUCGUUACUCUGUCACUUGGCCAACAGCGCUGCAUGCUCAUCAGAGAGGCUAAGAACCCUGGAAAUGCCAUCACAGUCCAACUCGACCAGGGUUCAGUUCUUGUAAUGCAUGGUACUGAUUUCCAAAAGAAGUAUACGCACCAAAUACCCAAAGAUAAUGUGAUCACUAAUUCACGUACCUCUGUGACCUACAGGACCUGCAGCUCCACUUUCCUAAGAAACCGAAGUGCCCUAUCUACACCCCUGAAAGAGAUAUCUAUCACUCCUAUACUUGCCCCCAAGACCCCUGGAGUCUCAGGCUCACCAUCGCUACCUCUGCACAACAGACGUAGAUCCUCCUUGUCUCUGUCUAGCUUCUCACAAGUUGACACCAGCUCAGUUGGGUCUCCAGUGGCCAGUAGUUCUCCUUCCAUAACCAGCAGCAAAACAUCAGUCUCUGAUAGUGAUACAUUGCCUCUCAGCAUAGAAGCCAUGCUUGAAGCCAUUGAUCUAAUGAAAGACAAAACCUGUGAAAAGCGAACUUUCUCGCCAUGGCAGCACAAACUCUGGAACCCCUCUGGAUUGUAAGAAAAGACUGAAGAAAGUUGCGAAAGCAUGUCACAAACGCCUGAGCACGCUUCUUGUUGAGCCUCCAGUAGUCUCAGCUGAGCCCGAAUGCGUUACCCAUUCCCUCCAAACUUUGGAAAACUCUGUUAUUGAUCUACAAUCCAAAAUAAGUCUACAACAUAGCACCCUCCAAACACUUGUCUUAUGUUCUGACAGUAAUUCCAAUCAAAAAGGUAGUGUCAGCCCCCCUAACCUGUCUAAUGAACUCAACACUAUGGACAAGAGACUUGAAAAGUUAGAGGAUAUAAUGAGCAGCAUAAACGAAAAACAACAUGAAACUGCUACCUCCCUUAAAGCCUUCGAAGCAGAUGUCACUGCAAUUAAGAACAAAGUAGAUGACUCUAAGGCCUGCCUACAGUCUCUCCAGCUUAAUGACCGCACCACCCCAUCCAG